ACAUAUCACAUGAUCAGCUUGAUAACAUGACCAACUGUCUUAUCAUGUGACUGGACAUCAUGGUAUCUAACAGUGUUUUACUCGGUUUUGUACUCUGCACUAUUUUAUAUCAACAAUGCUUUGCUUAUGUACCUCGCAUGUUACACGGAAGACCUAAAGGAGGUUUAGUGGGAACGCCUGGUACAAAGCACCACUUGCUGGGAGAGACAAGACCAAAACUGCCCCCUGAACAAUGGUUUAUUCAGAAAUUAGAUCAUUUUAAUGGUGCAGAUAGCAGAGUCUGGAAACAGAGAUAUUUUGUCAAUGACACCUACUACAAGCCUGGCGGACCUAUUUUUAUCCAGAUUGGUGGUGAAGGUACAGCUGACCCAAUCUGGAUGGUAGAGGGCUCUUGGAUCAAGUAUGCUAGAGAAUACAAUGCCUUUUGUGCCAUGCUGGAGCAUCGUUUCUAUGGCAACAGUCAUCCAACAGAUGACAUGAGUGUAAGUAAUUUACAAUACUUAAGCAGUGAACAAGCUUUGGCUGAUCUGGCUGCUUUCAUUGUUGAUCUGAAGAACAAUGUUGAUCCUACUGCCAAAGUCAUCACAUUUGGUGGGUCUUAUCCAGGUUCUCUGUCAGCCUGGUUUAGGUUAAAAUAUCCUCAUCUUGUUGAUGGUGCAGUGGCAUCAAGUGCUCCACUUCUAUCUGAGAUUAAUUUUAUUGAAUAUCUACAAGUUGUCACAGACUCCCUUAGGACCUACGAUGGAACGGAUGCUUGUAAUGAAGCCAUAAGGAAAGCCACAGACUCUAUAACAUCAGCUUUGAAAACAGCCGAGGGCAGAGUACAAAUUAAACAAAGUUUUAGGCUUUGUGAUUCUAUUGAUCCCAGUAAUGAAAAGGAUAUUGCCAACUUGUUUUCUACAUUGUCUGGAAACUUUGAAAAUGUUGUUCAAUAUAAUAAAGAUAACAGAGCGUUUGAGGGUGCUCAAGGAACUAAUAUUACAAUUGACACUUUGUGUGGAAUCAUGACUGACCAAACCAUUUCUGAUCCUGUCCAGAGAUAUGCUAAGGUGAAUAAUUUACUACUUGACGUGUACAAACAGCCUUGCCAGGAUUACAAGUAUGACAAAAUGAUUGAUACUUUAAGGCAAACCUCAUGGACAUCUAGUGCAUCAGAAGGAGGUCGUCAAUGGACAUACCAGACCUGCACAGAGUUUGGGUGGUACCAAUCAUCUGAUGAUGUCAGGCAGCCAUUUGGUCACUCAUUCCCCAUAGAUUUUUGGAUUGAGCAAUGUCAAGAUAUAUUUGGCAACAAUUUCAAUAUCACCAUGAUCAGUGAUGCAGUCAAGAGAUCCAACACCGAUUAUGGAGCUCUCAUGAUUAAAAUUUCCAAAGUGCUCUUUCCUAAUGGCUCCAUUGACCCGUGGCAUGCAAUGGGAGUCCUAAAAGAUUUAAAUCCUGAUGCAAGAGCAGUUUAUAUUAAUGGGACAGCACAUUGUGCCAACAUGUACCCAGACUCACCAGAUGACCCUCCCCAACUUGUUCAGGCCAGGCUGGAGAUUUUUAUGCAAAUAGGAGAAUGGUUACAAGAAAAACACUAGACUGAAAUAUUUAACUAAACCUCCCUAGAGAUUAAAUGACAUGAGCCUGUAAAUUACAAGGUCACAUUCCUGUUUUGUAGAUCUACAUACCUGUAAAUGUUCCAUAUAAACUUUUAUAGCUGACAUGUUUUAAUGACAGUAAUGCUCUGUGUAUUGAUGUUUGUUGACAAAUUUAUUUAUUUUUUAGUGAUGCAACUAUCACAAGUAUGAUUAUUGCUUAGUAUGUAAGAAUAUUGUGGAUCAAUAUUUUGUUUAGUUGGCUUUUAAUAAAGUUUUUAUAUUUUUCAUUUAA